AUGUUCGCGCAACAAUAUUCAAUGAGCCCCAACCCCCCGUCAUGCCCUCCCAUGGAACCCUCGUACUCGACCAGCAGCGAAGACUCGAUCCAAUCCAUGCCCUACUACUAUGCUAGCUACCCUACCGACUUCGAGCUGCCCUUUCAGCCUACCUCGUCGCCGUCAUAUGCGCCGUCGUAUGCGUCCUCCUCCUUCAGCGCAUCGUCAUACAACUCCCCUGCGUUCAGUACCUGCGAUUACACCACUCCUCCGCUUGCCUACUCUGCCCAGCCGAUGCAAACAAACAAUGCCACCUACUUUGCGCCCAUGCAGUCGCCCAUGCAGUCUCACUGCGUGUGGAGCGCUCCCGCAGGCCCUGUCCCUGCAGCGGUCGCAUCGGCCGGCGCAAUGCCGCCCGUGGAGGAGGUCCUGAUCACGGACGCCGACGAGGUAGACAUGGACAUGGACAUGGAAACGGACCUGGAUCUGGACCUGCAACAACAAUACCUAAUGGAGUCACCGAAAUCGAUGCCCGCCAUGACCAUGCAAAUGCCCAUGCCCAUCCCCACAGACUUCCAAUCCAGCCCCAGCGCCUGCUCCAGCCCUGCCUCCACCUCGACCUCCCCGUCCAGCACCAAGCCAUUCUCCUGCGAUUGCGGUCGCGCCUUCACGCGCCCGGCCGACCUGAAGCGCCACCAGACCAGCGUCCACAACCCCGUCUUCCAGGACUGUCCGGUGGAAGAGUGUCUGCGCAAGGCUGGGAACGGGUUUCCGCGACGAGACCAUCUGAUCGAGCACUUGCGGUCCUAUCACCAUAUCGAUGUGCCGAAGCGGCGGGCCGUGAAGAAGGGGAUGAAGGUUUCGUCUUAG